AUGCCGUACAAUACUCGUCGCAAGUCACUCUCUCUUCCUUCGCUAGGCAUUCAUCUUCCCAACUCUUCGAGACGCUCUCCUUCCUUUUCAAAAACAGAUGAUUCUCAUCCUGCAAAGAAAGUAAAACGGUCGCAUACUUCACAAUCACCAGAACCGUCAACGGGGAAGGGGUCUCUAGUGCGCGCCGGUCGGCACGGAGCCUUCGAGCAUACACCUCCCCCAUCACCUAUGGAUGCCGGAGUUGCGCGGAAGAUUGACACGGAAGGUAUCAAUGAUGAUAUUGUGGUCGCUGUGAUUGAACAGUUACAGAAGACUGGGAAUCGCCCUCAUUUGGUGAAGGAGUUGGCUGCAGUAUUAGUGUCGCUGAAUGCGACUGUCGCAAACUCUGCUAAUCCUGCCGCCCUCCUGUCUUCUCGACUGGCUGCCUAUAUGAAGCGUCCUUGGACCGCCCUUGCGCCAUGCCCCAUGGCCAAGGAACUUAUUCUCAUUCACCCGCGCAAAGUAUACUAUUAUUUGACAACCUGCCAACGUCAACCUAUCCCAGAUAAUGAUGAUUUGAUUGGUAUGGAUGGCAAGAACAUGACACCCAGUGUCUCCAGUCUGGACCAAGAUGAGGAGGAUCUGAUGUCGCGCCAACGCAGCCCCAGUCCCGAAGUUGAUCUGUCAUCGCCGGAUUUUGAGAAUGUCGACCUGCACAACUCUACCAGCCAUGGUACAUCGAACGAUCAGUUUCCAGACCCCAGCAGUCAUACACGCCUGAUGCACUCAAAUCGCGCGGCCUCCCCGCCCCUGGAGGGCGAUGAGAAGGAAUUCACCCAGACCGCCAGUGCUGUGCGUGAGCGUGCUUCGGAGGAGAAGGCCAGUCGCGAUCAGUCGGAACGCGGCUUUUCCGUUCUUUCCGAGAGUCUCAGUUCCAUCGACGAGGCCUCGCACAUCGAUUCCCCCAUGAACGGUGGAUCGAUCUCUCCGUCUAUUCACGGCGAAGAAGAGUUCAACGACUACUUCUCUCAUAUGAAUUCGGUAGACAACGCCUCCCAUGAUUUGGAUGAGGCCGCCGCUGCCACCCUCUUCGGCACAUCUCCCUCUCCCUCCCUUACUUCUGUCGCAUCUUCUGUCUCGUCUGGAACGAGCGUGAUUGAUGUUGAGAUGGAUGGCGAGGAACAGGUUAAUGGUCUUCCGACCGCUCCCCAGAUCAGUCUGCCUACUGAUCCGGAUGCCGCUCCGGUCUCCACCCUCAAGCGAUCCCUGGACAUGUUGAACAGUGGAUUCCCAGAUGUCGAUCUCAAGAUGUCUGAUCUGACCGAGUCGCACGAAAAGCUCAGUCUUGGUCCCCGGAAUUUCUCCAUGGACACCGAGUCUGUUUUUGAUUCUUGGAGAGAGUUGCAGAACCCAGAAACCGUGGAGGUUGAUGAGCUUGAUGAGAUGUUUGGCGAAAUCUAA